AUGACACGCCAGUCUGAGACGAAUAUAGUUACUGGUGCCACUUCACGGGAUGAUAAUGGAAAUGUCUAUGUGCGCCGCGAGAUCCGGGACCUGAUGGAUAACUAUCCCGAUCAAUGGAGUCUGUACAUGUUGGCAUUGGAUAGCCUGCAUCGUGCUGAUCAGAGUGAUCCGUUUUCCUUCUACGGUCUGGCGUCUAUCCACGGAAGACCGUAUAAGACAUGGGGAGAUGCGCCUGGUUUGCCCGAGAAGAUUGGCAAGGCAGGCUACUGUCCACAUGACAAUGAGCUAUUCUUGGGGUGGCAUCGGCCAUAUCUUGCCUUGUUUGAGCAAGUUGUUUCCAACCACGUCCACGAUAUCGCUGCAAACGCCCCAGCAGAUCAAUCUCAACGCUACCUCACUGCCGCCCGCGAGUUCCGUAUCCCAUACUGGGACUGGGCUCAAGGCACCAAGCUCGGCCCAGUCCCCGAUGUGUUCCUAUCCCCUACAAUCACGAUUACAGAUACAACGGGCGUACCAGUACUGAUGAACAACCCCUUGUUCUCAUACAAGUUCCACCCGCUACCCACUGGCUUCCACGGCAAAUGGCGAAAAAUGAACUCCACCAUCCGCUGGCCAGCCUCAGACGACCCCUUCUCACCCUCGCGCCCCUGGCUCUUCGCCGAAGCCUUCAAAAACCAAUCCAACAACCUCAUCGCCCAAGUCGGCAUCGCCUUCCGCUCAAGCACCUUCUCGCGCUUCUCCUCCGCUCUAGAAGACGCCCAUGGCUGGGUCCACGGCGUCGUCGGCGGCGGCUACCUGCGCGACUCACCGUACUGGGGCCACAUGUGGCCGUUGGAAUAUUCAGCUUUUGAACCGUUGUUCAUGUUGCAUCAUGCAAACGUCGACCGCCUCUUCACCUUCUACACCCUAUCCCACCCCCAAACCUUUAUGCUCCCCUCCUCCAUCGGCACCCAAUCCAACCUCUUCCUCUCUGAUAACCAACUUGUCGACCCCGACACCGCGCUCCUCCCCUUCCGCCGCACGCCCACUGCCUUCUGGACCACGAACGAGUGCCGUGACACCGCCGCGCUGGGUUACGCAUACCCCGAGACCCAGCGCUGGAAAUUCGCAUCGGACGAGUCGUUCCGUACGCAUGUGGAAGGCGCGGUGUCGCGCUUGUACGCCGGAAGGGUGGGCGAGAUGGCGGUCACGCAGGUGGUGGUGCAGCGGCAGAGUGUGUUUGGGGGGUUGUUGGAGAGGAACGGUGGGGUAUAUACGGAUUGGGUUAUUGAAACGCGGGUGAAGGCAAAGGAUAUGCGGGGGACGUUCCGAGUGCAGUUUUCACUGCAGCAAGAUGGAAGGGAGGAGGCGGAUGCGGGGGCGUGGAUGGUGCUUAUGCCUGCUGUACAGCGGGAUGUAGUUGGAGGUGGUGGGAGUGGGGAGGGAAAAGAGAUGGUGGGUACAACGAGUUUGACGGGGUUGCUGGUUGAGUGUGUGAAUAAUGGGACGUUGGGUGGACUGAACGAGGAGGUUGUGCUGCCGUUUCUUGAAGGGGAGUUGAGGUGGUGGGUGCUGGAUGAUGCCGGCAAGCGAAUCACAGAGCUGCGAGAUGGCGCGGUAAAUGUCACGCUGGUCAGUACUGAAGCAAGGGUGACGAUGGAUGAAGGCAAGCCAAUUGAGUAUACGGGGGUUGUGCGCAGCUACCCGGGGAUUGUGAGGGAGAAGGUAUAUGGGUGAUGGGGUUUUCUAACGCUGGCGUAAAAUGGUACUGGGAAAGUGAAUAUCGUCGGUUAUCC